GUUUGAGACACCCUGCUCUCUAAUGUAACGUGGCGUACAGAAUAAUUGCGUUUUAGAAUUAUAUUUAGGCUUCAAACUAAUUUUAAGUUUUGUUCUUUCUCAGAUUAAAUAUUUGUUUGUUAGGUGGAUACAUAGAGAACAUUGCUACGAGUUUUUCAUCUAACGUUAUCUAGUUACCUGUUAUCUAGCUAAUAAGUUACAGUAUAUGCUCCAAAACAAUUGGAAUAGCUCCCUCAAAAUCAUAAAAACUACAUAACACAGUUUUUUCUUUUGUGUUUACGCUCAGUCACAGUAAAUAAUGUUCACAUAUGCUAAUAUUUCAAUGCUGUCAACUGCCCAAUCUUUAAUACAAGAUAGGGCCAGCUGUAAAAUUACAGUAGCUAACGUUAAUAGGCACGCAGUGUUUGCUUUUUAUGGUAAUGCGAAGCGCUAUAACAUUAACGCGGUAACGUUAAUUAUGAUUCGGAGACAAAUGCAACCUUUAAAAUUGGUCAUGAAAUGUUGUGUCACCAUAACUUAGUCUAAUAUUUGUUCAGUGACAAUUUAGGAUUAAUGUAACUGUGGACAUUUGAGAAUUGUACUUUAAAAGUGUGGCAGGCUUAGCCGAAGUUAACAGCUUGAAUAUUGUUAGCUAGGUUAGCUAACUACCCUGUUCUGAAAAUAACAUUUCUUAGUGUUAGCACUGGAUAACGCUAGACUGGAUGGACGUAAAUAACCUAUGAUAUUCUUUCAGUAGUUAGCCAUAUUGUUACUUGGGUGACUAACGGAUUCUAAUGGCUGUUAAACUACUGAGUCAUUUACAGUAGAUAAAGAGUGAAAUGGAUAAGACAGGCAACAGCCGUAAUACCAUAAAGACAGAUCUCAGUUUGCUGCUUGAAUGUUUGAAGUUUCAGAUGAAAUGUCCUGAUUUACAGAAACAAGCUCUUCUUACCAUUCAGUCAAUCUGUGACAAGAGAGAGGAUAAUGUGGACUUGCUGAGAGAAAUGGGAGGCGUGGCAUUUGUGUAUAACCUCUCCAAGUCCAGUAUUGUACAUUCAGAUGUCAAGGAGACUGCACUCUUUACACUGGGGACCCUGGCAGAGGCAAAUGUGUAUUGCAAGAAUUCUCUGUGCAGAAAAGAGACAUUUGCGGGCCUUGCUGGGUCGUUGAUGAAAGAAGGCAUUCCAUUGACACAUAAGAGAGUGUCUGUCUAUUUGCUGUCUGUAUUGGUAGCCAACAACAAAUUAGGACAGAUUUUAGCCCAAACCACUAGCUGUCUGGAUAUUCUACUGCACCUCUUCAGGACCACUUUCCCCACCUCCAGAGACACUACUCUGAGAUUAGCUACUGCAACGCAAACCCACCAACUCUGGACAUCUGUAUCUAGUGCUCUCUGUGGAUGUGUCAACAAUCCUCAGAAUGAGGAGGGUCAGCGUAUUUGUGUGACAGCCUUUCCUAUAUUAAAAAUUUGGCUUCAGCAGAUGGCUCUGCCACGCACAGAGAUUUUUCAGCCAAUAUGUUCCUUCAUAGCAAUGGCAGUUGCAAACAAUGCCUCUGUUCAGGAGAGUUUUUCUGCCUCAGGAGGUUUGGAAACGCUCACUCUUGCACUUGUUCGUCUAGCUUCAGCAGUAGAUCACAGCGUGUGGUCUUGCCAGCUUUGUGUCAUUUUAUCCAAGACCCUGUCAGCUUGUAUUGCUGAUAACUUUGCUCUGGCUUCAAGGCUGGCUCAGUAUGGCAUAGUGUCCCAUCUCUUCUCCCUGCUGGCUAGCCCAAACCUGGAUAGUGAGGACAGGCUCUCGCUUUUACUUACCCUGAGCCACUGCACUGAGGCGUCUGGGGAGCACCAGUCACAGUUGGUGCAGUGUGGUGGCCUGCCCCUUAUCAUAACUUUACUCACAGAGGACACUAGUGAGGAUGUCAGGAAAGCUGCUACAUUCAUAUUGCAGACCUGCAAACAGGCCACUGUGUCCUUUGGAGUGCGCACUCUGACAGCAAGAGACUUGGAGGGUGAAAAUCCAGAGGCCCUUACAAACCUGGAAAGAUACAGGAGCUCAGCCAGAGUGCUCCUGCGCAGAAUUGACUCACUAGAGAAGAGACAGGAGGCUGAGGAUGAGCUGGAAGACACAGACCCACCAACUUCAAAUGAAGGGCUAGGCCAGUCAUCUCUGCCUCCAGCCCGAAAUGUGCCUCCACACAAAACUAUCCCUAUAACAUAUAGCCAGAGCAGCACUGUUAAGCAUGCAGAAGCAGAGGGUGACAACAGCAGUAAACUUCAUACUUUCAGAAACAUGAUCACAAAGGAGAAUGAUAGUCAGGUGAAGAAAAUCAGUUUAAGCACUUUGAAGGUGAAGGCUAAAACAAGUGGAGAGGAUAUGCAGUGUUCAGUAUGCAGGGGCACCGGAGCCCUAAUGUCAUCUCACGUUUGGUCACUAGAGGGGGGCAGAGAGCCACAUACAGCAGACAGCCAUUUGUUUAAGCCUCCAGCACCAGUGUGGCACAGUGUAUUUAAAUGUGCUAAUGAAGAAGAGUUACAGGACAGUGAGGUGAGUGCGGUGGGGAAAAUCCCAGUGGAGGAACAGCCACUGUCUCAUACCCGGUGUGCAGGCUGUGUGUUGUCUUUUGAAGAAGUGACCAGUCACACUUUUGCAUCACUUCAAACCUCCUGCCGUCACAGCUGUGACAUGCACAAGGUUCUCCAGGAGGCCACAGAACAGUUCAUGGCUCAUCACUGUAGCCUUUUGAUGAGGAGAAAGUACCAGGGCAGCACUGUGAAAGUGACAGACCCAAACUGUGACAGAGCUUCAGCAGCAGAGCCACAAUUAACAGGGAGAGGUGAGCGCUCCACGCCAGAAUACCACUGGAGUAAGCACAAUGCAACAUGGAUCCCAUCGCUCCUCCUCUCAGGUUCAGGCUUUACUCCCCUAAAAAGCCAGCAUUUUCCUGGAGAGAGGAGAGGACAAAAAAGUGCCCAUUGUGGUCCUGAUGAUGAGCCGAAGACGAGCACAGAUUCCACUAGACGGGAGAGGAAGGACUUCAGCCAGGAGGAGGUGAGAUAUCUACUGAGCGGGGUAAAGAAAUUUGGAUUUUCCUGGAACUCCAUCUUGUGGUCAUAUUCCUUCCAACCUGGGCGGACCAAUGUUGAUCUGGCCAAGAAAUAUAAGCGGCUAAUGAAAGGUAAAGCCCAGGAUGCUGGUUGUGCAAAAUCCCUGUCCUGAGAACCUGGACCAGCCCAUUAAUAAUGGCCCUGUGUAAAGCAACAGCUUUGUUCUGUCCAGAUCAAAACACUACAGUGACUACAUUGUAAAAUAAUUCAAAGCAGUAUACUCUCCAUAUAGUUAUAUUGUACUUUUUUGUUCUUUGUUAUCUAUUAAAACUGGUGUUC